UCUGCUCAACCACAAUACGACAUUAGGCAUCGUCUUACCUAUACUUCAAUGCAUUCCUGUGCUGCUCUCAUGAUCUCGGAUACUUUCGCAAACCGCCAGCCAUUGAUGGAAGCUAAUCGACAGACUGCUUUCGUAGUAGGCAGUACGCCACUGGCAGCGCUGCAUAACAUGACCGAGAUGAAGACUUCUUUAUUCCCCUACUCCUUACAAAAUCCCACGGGGUUUAAAGCACCCCCGCUCACCAGCAUGAACGCCCAGAUUGCCCUGGGAACACCACAUGGAAUUAGUGACAUCCUGGGAAGACCCAUCACCGCAGCAGGGCAACUGCUAUCGGGUUUUCCAAGGAUAAAUGGAUUGGCCACCUCUGCUGGAAUGUACUUUAAUCCCGUGUCUCGUUAUACGAAACCACUGACGGAGCUACCAGGAAGAGCACCCAUCUUCUGGUCAGGAGUCAUGCAGACCACCCCUUGGAGGGAUUCACGGGUGACAUGUCCAGCUCAAGCUAAUAUGCUGCUGGACAAGGAUGGCAAGAAGAAGCACUCAAGACCAACAUUUUCAGGACAACAGAUAUUUGCUUUGGAGAAAACUUUCGAACAGACUAAGUACCUUGCCGGUCCAGAGAGGGCUCGUCUCGCUUAUUCCUUGGGCAUGACAGAAAGUCAAGUAAAGGUUUGGUUUCAAAACAGGAGAACCAAAUGGCGAAAAAGACAUGCUGCAGAAAUGGCAACUGCCAAAAAGAAACAGGACUCUGAAACGGAGAAAAUGAAUGAGACUUCGGACAUCGAGGACGAUGAUGAGUACAACAAGCCUCUGGACCCAAACUCAGAUGAUGAGAAAAUUACUAGACUGCUGAAAAAACACAAGACUACCUCGCAUCAGCCCAUGCCGCAAUAACUCGAAAACGUGGUAGCAACGUCCUGAAUAAUCCGAUUUAAACAGGGUAUGCUAUAGGCUAAAAUAUACAGAAAUA